AUGACCACGAAAGAGAAGAGCCGUGAGAAAUACUGGCGGAAUAGGUUGUCAGCUCUCCUUUGUGAGAUCCGAGAGAAGGUUGGUGCGCCUGACGGUGUGGUGCUGUGCCUGCAAAGAAGCCUCACCAAAGAAGAGUUGGCUUCGCUGGCCAAAUCUGAUUGCCUCGAGCAACGGCAACUGGAAAACUUUGCUAAGGCAGUUGCUGAAAGAAGUGCUGGUGAUGAGAAAGCUAAGGAACUUGUUACCAGCGCUGCUCAGGAGCAUAUUGGUGGCUGGAAGAAAUCUCGGAAAAUGUUGUCAGUUCCAGGCAAAAGGUUUUGGAUGCGGGUGAGAAAGCAUGCUCCAAAGCAAGCUCGGGGUAGGAAGACAAAGGUUCAUUCUUCCAAGAUCCGCAGUGCAGUCCGUGUACAUUUGCUGGAAAACUCGACCACCACUGCAAAGCUCAUGAAAUGCGGCGCAACCGUUGAACCAGUGUACAACUUGAAUUUCUCCAGGCGGAGAUUAUGGACCCGAAGUCUGCCAAUGCAGAGACUUUUGUCGCAACCUGCCUGGUACAAGCAUUUGGCAGCUCAUCACGCCAAUUUUGUCAAGCUGAAGUGCCGCACUGAUGUGUGCUGCUUCUGCCACAAGUACGACAAGGUCGUUCUUCCCUCUGCGCGCAGUGAUGUGGAACUUGCGAGGGCAACAGUGCAGAAUGAGAAGCCCGACUAUUUCCAGGUCAUGGAUGCUCAUUGGGAGGGGAUGGAGCGGGAAGGGCGCACCGAUCCGGACGGACGGGCGUCGUUGCAGUACGUCAAGUUCUUGAAACUGUUCAUUGACAGAACGUCAGACGCGCGGCAAAAAACGGCUACCUUGCCGGGCACAGUUCGCGCACGACAGCUGCUGAAAGAGAGUGAGGCUACAGCUUCUUCUCUCCUGGGAAAGCAUGUGUCAGUUUUGGAGUGUUGUUCGCACCACUUCACCGGUGUUAAGCGACAGCAUGACAGAAGAGAGCUCCUAGAAAAGAAGCUUCCAAAACGGACACUGGUGGUGCAAAUGGAUUUCAUGGAAAAUAUGACCUGGCCACUUGGACCAGAGGAAGCCCAAGACUGGUUCUGGGCAACAGCCAGGGAGUCUAUGACUACGCUUGGCUUCUAUGCCUGCUAUUGGAAAGAUGGCAAGCAUGUUCGGGAAUAUUGGCAUUACAUUUCCCAGAUCCUGAACCAUGAUUCCGCAUAUGCUGUGCAUUGCUUGAACGAUUUAUUGAGAAGCCUCAACACGGGUGACAUUGAUGAGCUGCAGGUGUGGUGUGACACUGGCACGCAUUUUCGUUCCUACGAGUUUGCUUGGAACCUCGUAGAGCAAUGCCGAGAAAAGUUUCCUACCACUGUCUUGAAUUUCUUUGCGGCGCACCAUGGAAAGGGCUACUGUGAUGGAGCAUUCGGAUUGCAAAGGCAUUGGGUGUCGCAAUAUGCGCGGACUCGAAACAUAGAAUGCCUGGAUCACAUGAGAGCUGCGCUCGAGGAAGGAGCUCAAGGGACGAUGGCAUUAGACCCACCUCCAGAUGGCCCAGCGUAUUAUGUGAAGGUCUUCGAGCCGUCUCCCAAAACUGCAGUAAACAAACUUGAUACUGCCAAAUGCGAUUUGCAGAUAGAAUACACAUACUGUGUUCUUUUCAGCAGGGCCGCAGUUGGGCAUGUACGUGGUUGGAAUUUUGUGUACAGUGAUCGCAUAGACAAGCGCAGCGCUGGGAAAUCAAUAGGAACAAUUCAGUCCAUUUCUACCCCAUGCUCCGAUGAGUGGAGAAGAUCUUACCGUGCAACUCAACCAGAAAAGAACCCCCUCAACAUUGUCUUGCUGCAAAGGCGGAAAGAAAAGCAGCAGGCUUUCGUAGACACAACCUGCAGUCGACGCAGUACUUUCAUGGAAGCCCUCUGCAGGCGAGAGAGGCAGUCUGCGAAGCAGAAAGCCAAGUACCUCCGCCGAAAGCGGGUGCUUGCAAUCAACCUCGACGAUGGGGGAUCCAGCUCAGAUGAUUCAAGCAGUGAUAGUGACAGUUAA